AUGGGCCUUCGUCGCGCCCUCCUCCGACACGUUUCUGCUCUACAUCCUUCACUCUGGCCAGCCUCGGCGCGCCCAUUCGUCCCCACUGACACCACUCUCUUCCAGUUGGACAAAAGUGAGUCAAUAUGUCGACGACUCGUCUGCAAGCCCCAUGUCGCUGACUGUGCUACUCCGUCAUCCUGCGCGUCGGCGGUCGUGCGGUGGCAGUGUCGGGCUUCAGCAGCAGAUUCAAGGACCUCAAGUCGUCGAUCGACACAAGCAAGUUCAAAGACAUCGCCUCGUCGGUCGAAAAGCUGACGUCAUCCAUGGAGAAAAUGGUGAGUGCGCGACACCGCAACGACAGCUCGUGGACGUGCUCGGGCUCGUGCUCACGCUCACGCUCAUUGCAAUGCUGUUGCACUUCUCAGCCUGGCCGAUUGGAACGCCUUGGGGAAUCGGUCAGGUGUAGGUUCAUACGAGCUCUUGCUUAUACUUGAAACCUGCGUACUGAUCCCUCCUCGUCACUCGAUAGUCGCCUACAACCCCAACCAUCGACACGACGAGGAACACGAGGUCAGUGAUCCGUCGAUCGUUAAAGUCGGCUUCGGGACGUUUCACUUGGCGAACCGACGACCUUUGGACGCGAAGGCUGAGAUUGACACGCGCCGUGUGGCAUCCGUGAUUCCGGACAGCGAGAAGAGGAUCGUAUCAGGGCCGAGAUCUGUGCAGCACAUCGAUUCGGGUCGUUUGCGGCAGUCAGCAACGAUAACCUCGUCAAGUGGUAUAUCGAUGGCCACGACUUCUGUGAGUUUCACGAUCGAGUUCUCCGCGGGCGGGAUGCUGAUCCGAACCGCUUUUCGCUGACUCGACGCUUUGUUGGUUUUGUGAUUGUGGCGCUCUAUCGCACCUCGAAAUAGUUCAUACCGUUUCAGAGAUCCUUGAGGGUGCACAGGAUUCUAUCUUCAUUGUCGAUUGGUGGCUCUCUCCCGAGCUCCACCUCAGGAGACCGCCGGCCGAGAACGACGACUGGCGAAUCGACCGCCUCUUGCGGAGGAAAGCCCAGGCCGGGGUGCGAAUCUUCAUUAUCGUCUAUAAAGAAGUCACGCAGUCGAUGGCGCUGAGCAGUGCGCAUACGAUGCAUUAUCUCAUGGACUUGCACGAGAAUAUUUCUGUGAUGCGCCAUCCGGAUCACUUGGGAGGUGAAAUGUGUGAGUCUACGCGAGCUCAAAGCACCGGCGUCAGUAACGAAGUGUAAAGUGAUGGUGACUCGACCUCUCGCUGUCGUACAGCCCUAAUUUAUUCGCACCACGAGAAAAUCAUCGUUGUCGAUGCAGCCAUUGUGCGUCCUUUUCAACAACGGAAACCAAGGGACUGCCACCCUAACCUGACCCGCAACGAUUUGUCCGACCCCGAACCCAGGCGACGAUCGGAGGACUCGACUUGUGUUUCGGACGCUACGACACCAACGCGUACCCCCUUGCGGAUGUGCACCUCACAGACUUCAAACGCACGCUUUUCGCUGGCCAAGACUACAACAACGCUCGUAUCCAGGAUUUUGCCCAGGUCGAUCAUUGGCUGUCGAACUCGGUCUCUCGUCUCGACACGGCCCGUAUGCCCUGGCACGAUUGUCACUCAUGCCUCGUUGGACCGGCCGUACUCGAUGUCGCGCAGCAUUUCAUCGAGCGAUGGAAUUUCAUCCGCGAUCUUAAGUACUCCAAGAACAAGCGAUACGCCAUGCUCUCGUUCCCACACGUGAUCGUCGAGGGGCAAGAACCCGAACCCGCGAUCGUUCGACACCCCCACAUGGAACGCUUCAAGCGGUUCGGCGAGAAUAUCGUGCGCAACCCCAUCACCCCUGAUGCGGAGGCCACGGCCGCGUUGAAUAUGCGUGUGCAAGUGCUCAGAUCCUCGGCGGAUUGGUCCCAUGGUAUUCUGCCCGAAUCGUCAAUUCAAACUGCAUAUCUCCAAAUGAUUGCUGAAGCCAACAACUCGUGAGUGGCUCUCAUGGUGAAUGCCUGAUGCACAGGCUAAGCUGACCAUAAUUCUCUGCUCCCGAACCUGACAGGAUUCACAUUGAGAAUCAAUUCUUCAUCACUUCGACGACGGAUAAAGGCCCGAUCAAGAACCUGAUCGGCAAAGCCCUCGUCGAGCGAAUCCUCAGUGCUGCGCGCUCCGGCCGCAAGUUCAAGGUCACGGUCAUCAUCCCCUCGAUCCCCGGUUUCGCCGGCGACCUCAACGGCAACUCAGGUCUGCUCGCAAUCAUGCACUCGCAGUACAGCUCGAUCUGUCGCGGUGGUAACUCGAUCAUGGAGCUCAUCGCCAAGGAGGGCUUUGAUCCGCACGAGUACAUUGGUUUCUACGCUUUGCGUGUGUACGAUCGCUUGCCUGACGCCGAACGUGUCAAGCAGAUGGAACAACGAUCCGGCGUCGACUUCAACACGGCCCAGGCGGCUUUGGCACGCAUCUUCAUGGGCCGUGAGCCACCCAAAGAUGAGCUGAGGGACAACCAAGAACUGUCGUUCGCGCCUGCCGAGGAAGGUGGUGAGGUCAAGGCGCUGGACCCGAGGGAGAAGAAGAAGCCCGAGACCGGUCCCCCUGUCGACAAGAGGCCGUUGCCCCAGUCGUACCAAGAGGCGUUGGAGACGAUUCAGCAGUUCGAGCAAGGAGACGUCGUACGUGAAGAGCUUGCAGAUUCGAUUUCGCACCACGUCUUCCAGGGGACCGGUUCGUUGCUCGACGAGCCCUGGUUCGGUACGGAGGAGAGCGAACGCAAGGCCUACGUCUCGGAACUGGUCUACUCGCAUCUCAAGCUCAUGAUCGUCGACGAUCGUCGAGUCAUCAUGGGUUCGGCCAACAUCAACGAACGCUCGAUGCGCGGCGAUCGAGAUUCGGAGAUCGCGAUCGUCAUAGAGGACACGGAUAUGAUCCCUUCGCGCAUGGAUGGGCAACCUUACAUGGCCGCUCGGUUUGCCGCGACGUUGCGUCGUCGAUUGUGGCGCCAACACCUCGGAUUGGCCGAGCCGACGUUGUUCCCCAAGGACAGCGCGGCUACACCCGAGACCGUCACUGCGGCGAUGUUACCUCCCGAUGUUCCACACGACGACGAGACCGAAUCUACCGAGGAUGCGCUCGUUGCGGACCCCUUGAGCGGCGAGACGAUCGCUCUGUGGCAGGGCACCGCAAAACGCAACGCCGAGAUCUUUGAAGAGGUAUUCCACUGCGUCCCUUCGGACCGAGUCCACACGUGGAACGAGUACAAGGCGUUCGUCCCUCAAGCACCGGUUAAACCAGGCCAUGUCGCGGAUCCCAACAUGUCCGCGCACGAGAUCAAAACCAAGUUGGAUCAGGUCAGGGGACAUCUGGUGCCCUUACCUUUGGAGUUCCUUGAUCAGGAAAAGUUGUUGGCAAUGGAUGCGGCGGUGAAUCCGAUGACGCUCGACAUUUAUGUCUGA